AUGGCUGCUGCCGAUGGAAAUAGCAGCGAUGAACUAUCUUCUAGCGUUCUACUACCAGAAGAUAGUGCUGGAAGUUCUGUUUCUUCGCGCUUACAAGAAGAAUAUGAUGAACUAUUGCGCUAUGCUGUUGUUACCCCUAAUGUACCGUUAGUUCAUAAAAGCAACGGAUUAAUCGAUGAUAAGCAAGAAGACAAGAGUAAUCUUGCAGAAAAGAUGACAAAUAUACGGUAUCAUACAUCACCAAAAGAAACUGUUAUUCGCCACUUCGUAGAUCCUGAAGAUGAAGACGAGGAACAAAAUUUACGUGUUAAAAAGAGUUUCGUCACAGUAAUCAGCGAUGAAGAUAGCGAAAAUAGUCAGAAUUCGAUACUAUCUAAUCUAAGUCAAGCGCAAUCACCAUCAAUUGAUGCAGAUUUAGCUAGAUUAGAAAAUCAAAUGAAUUCUUGGAGUCUUGACUUUAAAAGAAAUAUAUUGGCUGAAUUCACUCAAUCUAAACUAGGACUUAUAAGUAAGUAUAAAGAGUUGAUCAAAGAGGAAAAAGAAAGACAUGUGAUUGAAAUAGAAAAAUAUAACAGCGAGAUUGAAAGUUUAAAAGAAUUAUUAUCCACAUACGAACACUCAAUACAGAGAAAAGACUGUGUUGUAUCCGAUCUAACCAAGGCAUUAGAGAAACAGCGUGAACGCUUAGCAUUAUCUCAACAAUUUUGCAAAUGGAAAUUGCACUUAUUUGAUAAAAAGCGCGAAGCAUUUGCUACUAAGUUAGCUACUAAACAUUAUCGUCGAACUAUCGCGGGACGUGCAUGGGUUGCAUGGCAUGGAGUUGUAGAAGCUAAAUGGAGACAGCGAGUAGAAAAGUCUUGCCAGGCUAGGGCACAAGAAGUAUGUAUGGCUUUAACAGAAGAAUAUGAACAAAAGUUAGCCGCACUAUCUAGGAAAUAUGAAGACUCUAGAGCUGAAAUUGCUCGAAUGCAAAAGGAAAGACAACAUUAUGAAGAAACGAUGAAAAAAGCUUUUAUGCGUGGCGUUUGUGCAUUAAAUUUAGAGGCAAUGACCAUGUUCCAAGAAGCAGCUAUGGCUUCAGAAGAAGAAGCUUCUCCUGAUCGUGAUAAUGUUCAACCUGGUAUAGCUAUAAGCAAAGAGUUCAUGGACAGUGUCUCACAAUGGACACAGAAUCAGACUUUGCAAAUACAUCAACCAAACGAUGUGCCAGCGCAACCACAUUUAGUGACUGACUUAAAUAACCGUAGUAAAGAAACUAACAACCAGAAUAAAGCGACGAUAAAAGCUACGUUAGCGACGCGAAAUCAACUACCAAACCCAGCAGCGAAAGUUAAGGUUGAACGCCAUAGUGACAGUAUACUUACACCACAUGGCGACGUAUUAUCCAAAAAACGUUCAGCUGUAUCUAAAAAGGCCCUCGAUAGUAAGAGUAGAAAAACAGCUGGAGCUAUUAGUAAAUCAGCUCAUUUGAUCAAAGUUGUUGAAUAA